AUGGCCGGUUCUACUGAGGUCUACCGUGCGAGUGUCACGGCACCUGUCAACAUCGCUGUUAUCAAAUACUGGGGGAAACGAGAUGCUGUCCUUAAUCUUCCCACUAAUUCUUCGCUUUCCGUUACCCUAUCACAAAGCUCUUUGCGUGCAUACACCACUGCAUCAUGUUCUCCUUCCUACCCCACUGACGCAGGCGAUACUCUGACCCUUAACUCGGAACCCCAUAGCAUUCAAGAUUCAAAGAGAACCCUUGCAUGCCUGGCUGAUCUACGAGCUCUCCGCCAACAGCUGGAGAAUACAGACCCAUCUCUACCAAAGCUCUCAACUUUCCCUCUGCGCAUUGUGUCAGAGAAUAACUUCCCCACCGCUGCUGGCCUCGCUAGUUCUGCUGCUGGUUUUGCUGCGUUAGUUUGCGCAAUUGCCAAUCUUUACAAGUUACCCCAGUCGCCCAGAGAACUCAGUCGUAUUGCACGCCAGGGAUCGGGCUCAGCAUGUCGCUCCAUGAUGGGUGGAUAUGUUGCAUGGCGCGCGGGUGUUUUGGAAGACGGCAUUGACAGCUUGGCAGAAGAGGUGGCACCAGCAAGUCACUGGCCCGACAUGCGUGCUCUUAUCCUUGUUGUUAGUGAUGCACAAAAGGAAGUGCCCAGCACAAAAGGAAUGCAAGCAACUGUGGCAACUUCAAGCCUCUUCCCAACCCGUGCUGAAACAGUUGUACCCGCACGAAUCACCGCCAUCGAGGCCGCGAUCCAGAACCGGGAUUUCCCCAGCUUUGCCGAAAUCACUAUGAGAGACAGCAAUAAUUUUCAUGCCACCAAUCUUGACACCUGGCCCCCUACUUUCUAUCUCAAUGAUGUGUCCCGUGCUGCAAUCAGGAUAGUCCAUGAUAUCAACCGUGUCGCUGGCGAGACCAUCUGCGCUUACACCUUCGAUGCGGGUCCGAAUGCGGUUAUAUAUUACCUGAAAAAAGAAUCGGAGCGUGUUAUUGGGACUUUUAAGUCAAUUCUCAGCGCUGAAACUCGGGGUUGGGAUGGGGUGUAUGGGGAUGCAGUUAAACAAGUAAAAUCAGGCAUUCCAGUAGAACUUUUGGAUUCGAGGGCUGUUUCUGGGUUAAGAGAUGGUAUCAAUACUGUUGUUCUAACUGGUGUUGGUGAGGGCCCUAUCAAGGUAGAUCGACACCUAAUUAGCGAAACUGGUGAGAUUUUGGCUGGCGCCAAUUAG